AUGACGAAGGUGUACGGAACAGGGGCAUACGAUUUCAAGCGCCACCAUGUCGCCGAGUACCCGGUCGAGCAACUCCACCAGCCCGGCGACAAGCCGGUUGAGGCCAAACCCGGUUCGGCGCUCCCGAGCUCUAUAACCUUGUCGGAGAUUCAGCGGGACCGCCUUACGAUGAUUGCCGCUGCUAACUGGUCCAAAACUGGCGACACCUCACAGCCCAAGCAACCCUUCGAACCAGAGCUGGUGAAGGAGAUCUAUCAAACGGAGUUGUCAGUUAAAGAGGGUCAGAGAAAGACCGUACCGUUACAGAGGGUGAUGAUUUUGGAGGUCAGUCAGUACUUGGAGAACUAUCUGUGGCCCAAUUUUGACCCGGAAACUGCCACGUUCGAGCACGUUAUGUCGAUGAUUCUCAUGGUCAAUGAGAAGUUUCGAGAGAAUGUGGCAGCUUGGGUGUGCUUUUAUGACCGGAAAGAUGUGUUUAAGGGAUUCCUUGAGAGGGUUCUUCGGCUUAAAUCGGGAAGAGAAUUAAGUAUAGCAGAGAAGACAAAUUAUCUAGUUUUCAUGAUUAAUGCCUUUCAGAGUUUGGAAGAUGAAAUUGUCAGUAACACUGUCCUUACGUUAGCAAGUUUGGAAUCGUGGCACAGUUUGUCAUAUGGUCGUUUUCAGAUGGAGCUUUGUUUUAAUCCUGAUUUGAUCAAGAAAUGGAAAAAGAUGAUAAGAAAGGAAGCCAAGGAGGCUGCAAAACGAGGAGAGCCUUUUGACCCCUCAACUACACUCGAAGUUCAGUUCUUGAGAAACCUAAUUGAAGAGUUCCUGGAGAUACUUGAUUCCAAGGUUGUGCCCCCAGAUCGUAGUAUCAAUGAAGAUGAUCAACUUGAUGCUAAUAGACUGGAGCAUGUUGAUGAUGCUUGUGUUUUGUAUUGUGAAAGGUUUAUGGAGUUUCUUAUUGACCUCUUGAGCCAACUACCAACAAGGAGGUAUUUGAGGCCUCUUGUUGCUGAUGUUGCUGUUGUUGCCAAAUGCCACUUGAGUGCUCUGUAUAGACACGAGAAGGGGAAGCUCUUUGCACAAUUGGUCGACUUGCUCCAGUUUUAUGAAGGGUUUGAGAUUAAUGAUCAUGAUGGGACACAAUUGACAGAUGAUGAGGUGCUUCAAUCUCAUUACGAUCGCGUCCAAUCUUUCCAGCUACUUGCCUUUAAAAAGGUUCCUAAGUUGCGAGAGCUUGCAUUGGCUAACAUUGGUUCAAUUGACAAGCGCAAUGAUCUCUCAAAGAAAUUGUCUGUACUUCCUCCUGAAGAAUUGAAGGAUUUGGUUUGUUCAAAGUUGAUGAAACCAUGGGCAACGGAUCAGAAGUUAGAGAAGAGAAAAGGUGAGGGUGAAAGCGAUAUGCCGGAUGGUGACUCCAGGGAGAAGGAGAGGUAG